CCGAUUCACUUGAACCCUUCCGGUUCAAUCGGCGACACCCAAGGUGGCGGAACAAAAAAAAUUCUCGAACUCCCGCGAGGGCGCGGAGUUGGAAGUUUCCGCCCGGAACCUCGAGAGCGGUGGCGCCCCAUUAGCAACGCGACUCCCGUCAGUUUCUCCGUGCGCGUUCCACGUUGCCGAGUUGACCAUCGCAACUCGGCAACUCGUCGCUCUCCACGAGCUCCCUCGCCCUGCCCGCCGUCGCAAUGGCCACCCUGGACUUUAAGAUGGUUGUCGACCAGGCGUGCCGCGCUGCCGAGGAGUUUGUGUGCAUCUACUACGAGACGAUCGACAAGCGGAGACACGUGCUCACGAAGCUCUACCUGGAGACCGCCACCCUCGUCUGGAACGGCACGGCCGUCACGGGGCUGGAGGGGCUCGCAAAGUUCUUUGAGCAGCUGCCCUCCAGCGAGCACCAGCCGACCAUGCUCGACUGCCAGCCAGUUCCCGAGGCCGCGUCGCAGGGCCGCACCACGGUGCUGGUGGUGACGAGCGGCACGGUGAAAUUCGACGGCAACCGGCAGCGCUACUUCAGCCAGAACUUCCUGCUCACGGCGCAAGGGACCGGCGCCGGAACCGUGUGGAAGGUGGCGAGCGACUGUUUCCGCUUCCAAGACUGAACGCCGCGUCCCGCCCCCCCCCCCCGUGACUUUGGACCGAGUUUGAGAUUGGGCAGCAGGAACAGCAGAAGAGGCAGCAACAGCAGUAGAAGCAACAAGAACGGCAGAAGCAGCAGCAACAACAACAGUAGUUCACCGAUUGGCGGAGCUGCACUGCUGCCGUUUUCUGUAUUGCGUGCUGGUGUAACCUGCUUGACCCCCUGCCCCGACUGGACAUCAUCUGUGAAAGAGAGCUUCAUGGCUCAUCGGAGUCCUUCAGGAUAAAUUAAAUAUUCUGAUUCUAACAUUGGAGGUGAAAUAUAUUGCGCGAUCCGAGCAGAAACAUUUUAGCAUUGAGCGGAGUCAAAUGUUAACGCAUUCUAAAACAAUGGUAUCAUUAUCAUCACAGCAAGUCUUAGCAUCAUCUGUGGUAGUGGGAGUGGCAAGAUGCAGUCGCAACAACGAUAACAGCAACAGCUGCAGCUGAUGUUCCUGUAUCUUACAUAUUUUAAGGCGUUGUAUUUGUUUAAAUUUCAGUGGUUCUUUGCCGACAAUGGUUUUUGUGUUUAUCGCUUUAAAGCCACCGCAAGUAUUUAUUUUUGCCUCCAAAUGCUAAUUGUGUACAAGCGUUUAACGUUUUAUCUUCGAACACUGCCAUUGCCGUGGUUGUAGAGGCGGAUUUUUUUUAUUUUGUAAUACCUUGAAAUGAAAAUAAACCGAGGUUUUCCCGAA